AUCAGAACGCAUUCUGCAGUUUGGCUUGUCGGGGAUCUUUCUAAACACUCCCACAGCUAACAGAAUGUAAAGUGACGUAACUGGUGUCUGGAUACGCGAAACAAAUCAAACAAGCCAGAAAUUACGCGAUCUUAGGGAGCAAAGACCACAUACUCCCUGUUGAGUCUUCCGAGAUCUUGCCAUAACGUCGCUUGAUAUCCAGUCGUCUCAAGAUUACAACGGGCCAGUGAAAUCCAGAAUUGCCCCUUCUACCCUCUUCAACAAACCAUAUCGUUCUCUUCUCCACCCUACUAUGCCGUCAACAUUGAUCGUAGGGGCAACUCGCGGCCUUGGAAAGGCUUUGGUCUCGUAUUAUGCCGAGCAUCUCUCAUACGACGUCUUCGCGACAUGUCGCUCGGUCAAUCCGCCUUCGGACCCCAACUCAGUUAGCAUUACUUGGAUCCCAAACAUUGAUCUGUCCAAGCCCAGUUGUGGCCAUGAUCUUGCAGCUUCACUGACAGGGAAGAGCAUCCACACAGUGAUCAUUACUGCUGGGUAUUUUGCAACGGAGAACUUCGGCGAGGCAAACUGGGAUGAGCAAGUCAAGAUGUAUACCUUGUCCUCGGUAGCCCCGAUUUUCGUGGUGCAAGAACUGGUGAGGUCCUCUGUUCUGACAAAAGGGAGUAGAGUCGUCCUGGUAUCUUCCGAAUCUGGGUCGAUUACACUGAGACAUGAGCAAGAAGGCGGCGGUAACUUUGGCCAUCAUGGAUCAAAGGCCGCCUUGAACAUGGUGGCUAAGCAAUUGUCGUUCGAUCUGAAAGACAAAGGCAUAGUUGUCGUAUCAGUUCAUCCUAGCUUUAUGAGGACUGAAAUGACCAAAGGCGUGGGUUUCGACAAGUUUUGGGACGAUGGUGGCGCCCUCAAGCCCGAGGAUGCUGCUCGAAUAUUGAGCGACUGGGUAGAGAAAAUUCUCUCCAUAGAACGAACAGGAACGUAUUGGGCCCCGAGAGGCACUGCCGAUAUCGGGAAUUGGGAUGUUGUGAUGGGCAAAGAGACCGCAAGAGAAGGCCCUGUCCAACUUCCAUGGUAGUCCGCCCAAUAUUACAGGGUUUGUCGAUUUGAACAACGACCCGUGCUCGGCAGGUUGAAUCAGCCGCAUGCUUUCACGAUCCU